AUGGAGAUCGAUCAUAUUCCUACCAUUGACUACGUGGAGCAGGCCAUACAGCAACUUUAUGGCAACGGGAACUACAGGGCUGCACAAGAUUAUCUAUAUAAUCUUCAAAAGCAGCCAUAUGCAUGGGACUUAGCCUCCCAAUUACUACGCUCUGAGGCAAUUCAUGAUCCGUACGUGAUACCUAUUCAUUCCAACUCAGCAGAGUACAACAAUGAUACUGUUCUUGACUUUGGUAACGCCGCGGGGACAUUAUCAUCAGAAGAAGCUCAGAAUAUUAAGCAAGCGGCAGUUUUACUGUUUAGAAGGUUAAUUGAAAUAUUGAGAGUAAAGCUGCGACUGUUACCGGAAGAUAUGG